AUGGGAGCCCCCGAAUCAUGCAACUACUCCGUCCGAGCCCUCAAAGAAUAUAGCUGGCAGGCAUCGAGUUCGCAGCCCCAAACGACGGUAACAACCGUGCCAUUGUUGUUUACUGAAGCCGACCUACGGGGAGUGUACAUGCCUCACAAUGAUUGCCUCGUCGUCGAACUCCAGCUCGGAGAUGUCGAAGUAAGCAGAAUAUUAAUCGACACAGGGAGCUCGGUAAACGUCAUAUUCAAAGAAACAUUAAAGAAUAUGGAUUUUCCGGACUCCGAGAUCAAGCCUUACAUGGAAUCGUUGACCGGGUUCACCGGAGAGAAAACAAGAACAGAAGGAACAGUGAAGAUACCCAUCUAUGUCGGCGGGUCGGCUCGGAUGAUCAAGUUUUUGGUCCUCAACAAACCGGCGAUAUAUAAUGCAAUUUUGGGAACGCCCUGGCUAUUCGACAUGAUGGGCCGUCGCUUCAACGUUCCAUCAGUGCGUCAAAUUCCCGACCUUGAAGGUCGUGCGGCCGCAGAAUGCCAGUUCGGUCCACCCAAACAGAGCCAAGUUGACCAAGUCUGCAUCGAUCCGACAAAUCCAGAAAAGUGUGUCGGCAUAGGGGCCGAGCUCGACAACAGUAUUCAGGAAGCACUCAUCAGUUUCCUCCAGAAGAACGUCUCCACAUUCGCAUGGAAUAUCAGCGACAUGCCGGGAAUCAAUCCCGACAUCACUUGCCACGAGCUAAACAUCGACCCCACAUACAAACCUUUCAAACAAAAGAAACGCAAGCUCGGACCCGAGAAAACGCGAGCAGUAAACGAUGAGGUUGAAAAAUUGCUCAAAGCCGGUUCGAUCACAGAGGUUCGAUACCCGGACUAG